AUGAAAGAAGCUGAUAUGCGGUUUGUAACAGAAAUGUCGGCGGCUUUCGUUCCGCCUGAGCUGAAAGGAGUGACUGAUAUUCAUGGGAGGACUUUUGGUGUUUGGACGUUAUUAACUUGUACACUGUGUUUACUCUGCGCUCUCAACCUUGAAAACAAGCCUCUUUACCUUGCAACAUUUCUCUCAUUCGUCUAUGCUCUUGGUCAUUUCCUAACUGAAUAUUGGAUAUACCAUACAAUGGCUCUACCCAACUUAACAACUGUAGGCAUUUUUGCUGGUACAUCAAUAAUAUGGAUGCUACUUCAAUGGAACGCUCAUCAACAGCCACAGACUUCAAAACGGAAGUGAUUUGUACAGAAAGCCUGCUGAGUGGCCUUUUCAGGUAGUGAUUCUCUUCAGUAUUUCAUCACUGCUUAGACAUCAGUAAUAAUGUUCUCUGAUCAUGUUAAGGCUUCGUUUGGGACGGCUUUUUUACUGCUUCUUAAAGCAGGUUUCGAGUACAAAAAUUUAAAUUUUUGUAUUAAAAAGCUGUUUUAAGAAGCAACAAGAAAGUCGUCUCAAACGAAGGUUAAGUCUCAUUCUCUUUUGGUAAAACCUGUAGCGUUCUGAUAAAGGCUAUUUGAAUGAAAAUUCUUUCCAUUAGGUGGUGGGUUUUCUUAGAUGCUUUUUUUUUUAUAUAUAGAAAAGACCUGUAUUUCCAGUUUUAUUUCAGUAACUUUCCGAUAAAUUGUGAUGUCAAUUGUUUUAGUUAUUAUAAAGCUAUAUCAAGAUAAUUUUAUUA